UAGACAGAAGCCCAGUCAUAUGCAUUAGGAACCCAGUCUAAAUACCGUCGUCUGUGCGAGUGCGACAGCGCUACACCCAUCAGGAAAUUACUCAGUUUCCUUGUUUUCCCGAAUUUUCCUGUGCCGGCAUAGUCCUACGUGACACGAAUUCGGAGACCAAGGUUUCACUAUGGCUGGCCAGUAUCCACCAGUAGGUGGCAGCACCGCAGCUCAGUGUGUCACCAAGGUGGAGCUGAGAGUGGAAUGUAAGAACCUGAAGAAUAAGGACGUCAUGUCCAAGUCGGACCCCUGUGCUGUGAUGUUCAUGCAGGCUGGCGGCCAGUGGAGGGAGCUGGCGAGAACGGAGAAUGUGCAGAACUGCUUGGAUCCAGUGUUUGUCACCCCCUUGAAGGUCGACUACUACUUCGAGCAAGUACAGAAGGUGAAGGUCGCUGUGUACGAUGUUGACAACAAGUCCCAUACCCUUGAAGAUGAUGACUUCUUGGGCCAGAUUGAGUGUACGCUGGGCCAGCUGGUGUCCCAGACCCCCUACAUCACGGCACUGCUGGACAAGAAGGGAGGCAAGAUGGGGAAUAGUGCCAUCACAGUGAAGUCGGAGGAAAUGAAGGCUGGUUCGGACAAGGAAUCAGUCAUUUUUGACUUCAAAGCCUCCAAACUCGACAACAAGGACACAUUUGGGAAAUCGGAUCCAUAUUUGGAGAUUCUCAAGAAAGCCCCUGAUGGCACAUGGCAGGUAGUCCACAGGACAGAGGUCGUGAAGAACACAUUGAACCCCAACUGGAGGCAGUUCACUGUGUCGGUGUACUCUCUGUGUGGCGGAGACCGAGACCGGGAACUCAAGAUUGACGUGUAUGACUGGGACAGUGACGGAUCACAUGACCUGAUCGGGGGAUUCACCACCUCCCUCAAUGACCUGUUGAAAGCUCAGAAACAAGAGACGUCAUGGCCGUGCAUCAACCCAAAGAAGAAGGCCAAGAAGAAGAAUUACACCAACUCGGGCAUCGUGCUGCUGUCAUCGAUACGGAUACUGACGGAUUACUCCUUCCUCGACUUCAUCAUGGGCGGUACACAGAUCAACCUCACUGUUGGCGUGGACUUCACAGCAUCAAACGGCGACCCUCGUCAGCCAAACUCCCUCCACUACCUCAACCCCAACCAGCCUACAGAGUACGCACAGGCCAUCCAGGCCGUGGGCAACGUGGUGCAGGACUACGACAGCGACAAACUGUUUCCAGCUCUGGGGUUUGGAGCCCAGAUUCCUCCCAACAUGGAGGUGUCCUUUGAGUUCGCCAUGAACUUCAACCCCCAAAAUCCAUUUUGUUCAGGAAUCCCUGGGGUGCUACAGGCAUACUACAACUGUGUGCAGAACGUGAGGCUGUACGGCCCCACCAACGCUGCUCCCAUCAUCCACCAUGUUGCCCGGUUCGCUGCCUCAGCUCAGCAGGAGGAGGCCACCAAGGGAGCCUCUGCCUACUACAUCCUGCUGCUGCUGUCUGACGGCGAGAUCACGGACAUGGACAAGACAACGGAAGCUGUGGUCCAGGCCUCCAGCCUGCCUAUGUCCAUCAUCAUCAUCGGCGUGGGCGGGGCCAACUUCGCCGCCAUGAACUUCCUGGAUGGCGAUGAUGGCGUACUGAUGACGAGAUCGGGUCAGAAAGCACGUAGGGACAUAGUUCAGUUUGUGGCGUAUAGGGACUUCAAGAAAGUAAGUUCAACGGCCUCAGCGGAGGAGCUGGCUCGCAACGUGCUAGCCGAGGUACCACGGCAGGUCACUGAUUAUUACAAGAUGAGGAACAUCCAGCCUCGACCUCGACCUGCAGCAGCAGCAGCAGCGCCACCUACUUCCUGAUUGGAAUGACACGGAGUUGUCUCCCGUCCCAUCACAGAAACUAUCUAGUCUGUUUCGUGUUUGCCGGACUUGAUAUAUUAUGAUGUAGUGAUUUUAUAGUAGAGCAAGGGCUGCAGAGGUGAAGGAUAAAAUGAGUGUGGUUAGUACCAUAACCUGCUGCAGAUUAAUUUAGUUAUGAAUCAUAUAUCUAACUUGCAAAAGAUAUUUUCUGAAAUAGAAAAAUAAUAAGUUAUGUCCUUUUAGUUCGUAACAAUACAUGCUUGGGUAACUGUUUCCAUAUUAUUGUAACCUUGUUCAAUUUUUCACAAACUUGCUUCAGCUUUAAUCAAAAGUCUUAGGCAGACUGACAACUGAUGCUUGUGUGUGUUUUGUGGUAGUAGUUGUGUAUAGAAUUAUAGAUGAUGAUGAUGAUGAAGAUGAUGAUGAUGAUGAUGAAUGUAUAAGAACCACUGCUAAUACAAUACAUCAAGAUUUAUAUAUAU